AUGGUGCAAGAUGGCGAAAUGCGGUGCUUGGGCUUUACAAAGGUUCCGAACCUCAAGAAGGCGAGGACCUUUGAGAAUGGCGAAUAUCAUCCCCGACACCCGGAUUUUCGAGAACCGACAUGCGAGUCAGAGGCGAUGGUGGAUGCCAGAUGGGUGAUGGUGAUGGCUCGAAACGAGGAGGAGGAGACGCCACCGAGCGAGAAGAAGCAGUUAGAGGUUAAGAGGCUGAUUAGCGGGACCCGAGUUGGUCAAGUGCUGUGGGUUUGGGCGUUCUGGGGGGCAUUUCUAGGCGGCCAGAUUGGCGCACCGCCGGGCCUAGUGCCUAAGCCCCCGGGGGUGACGAUAGUUUCCGCACAUUUGGGGCCUGAGGGUCGCCCAAAGGCCCAACUCUGGGCAGCGCCAGAGCCAUCCACCGCGAUUCCCUGA